GGAACCUUUUGCUCCGCAUACCUCGCCUCCUCCCGGUCCGCUCAUGAAGCCGCCGCAGUUGUCGCUCGUCGUUGUCCUCAUCCCGUGCCUCCUGUAUAACGCAGGCGCCUCCGGCGUCCCCGAGGCCGAGCUCCACGCACCGCGGUUCCAUUCCAUCUUCAGCUUCGGCAGCUCAUCCUCGGAUACGGGCAACUUCGUCGUCCUGUCCGCCGGCUUCCCCUUCAGCCCCUUCAACAACUCUCCCUACGGGGAGACCUUCUUCCGUCGCCCCACCGGCCGGCCUUCCGACGGCCGCCUCAUCAUCGACUUCAUCGCGGAGGCGCUGGAGCUCCCGUUGGUGCCGCCUUUCAUGUCCAAGGCAGGGAACUUCACCCAAGGAGCCAACUUCGCCAUCGUCGGCGGUACGGCCCUCGACGUCGGGUUCUUCCUGCGGCACAACUCUGGGAGCGUGCCGCCGUUCCGGAGCUCCCUGCGCGCGCAGAUAGCGUGGUUCCGGAAGGUCGUGAAGCAGUCGCUCAGCUGCAACACCACUGCAGAAUGCAGGGAGCGCCUCGCGAGGUCUCUGUUCGUGGUAGGCGAGCUGGGCCUGACCGACUACAGCUACAUCCUCUCCGGCGGGAAGAGCCUGCAGGAGGCCAAGUCCUUUGUGCCGUUUGUUGUGCAAGCCAUCAUCAGAGGCAUCGAGAGGUUGGUGGAGGAGGGAGCGAGGUACGUGGUGGUAUCAGGGACGCCGCCGAUGGGGUGCACGCCGAUGGCGCUGACGAAAUACGCCGCGGCGGCGAACGCGACGGAGUACGACCGCCGGACGGGAUGCCUGCGGCGGCUCAACGGCCUCUCGCAGUACCAUAACUGGAUGCUGCAGGAGAGCGUGAGGCGCACGCGUGUGAAGUACCCGGGGACGACGCUGGUGUAUGCCGACUACCACAAGCCCGUGGCGCGGCUCAUCCGGCGCCCGGGAAAGCUCGGGUUCACAGCGGAGUCCCUGAGAGCGUGCUGCGGCGGGGGCGGGCGGUACAACUACAACAUGGAUGGAUCGGCGUGCGGCUUGCCCGGCGCGACCGCCUGCAACGACCCAUCUACCCACCUCUUCUGGGACGGCAUCCACUACACCGAGGCCGCCAACAAGUACAUCGCCCACGGCUGGCUCACCGGACUCUACGCCCAUCCGGCCAUACUUAGCUUGCCGCAAUAGAUACACGAUACCGUAGCUUGUACUACUCCCUCCAUCUAGGUGAGUAAGUCAUCUUAGGUUGUGCACUGUGACCAAGAAAAAGGAAAAAACGAGAGAACUCAAUGUUCAUUUGCUAAUUAAUAUCAUUGCAUGCAAUGAACUAACUAGUGCAUGUAGUGUCUGGUAGUCUCAAGUCAUUAAAAGGAUGCACACCCCACAUCUCGUAUUGGUUGAUAUGUCAAGAAACAAGAAACGAGAUAAACUUUAAUGCACCGCGCCUAAGUGUUUUGGAAUUAUUUGGUUUUCAUAAGAUGACUUACACACCUAGACGGAGGGAGUAGUGGUAUGCAGCUUCAAAAUGGUCAAUGUAGUUUAGCCUUUUAAUGUUUUAAGAUGAGCAAAAUAGUUUCUUUUUGAGACAAAUCAAGUGAAGCUUUUAUUAUGACAUCAUAAUGUUUACAGGGAUGAAAAGAAAAUCAUCAGGUUGGCCUAACCAUGCAUGAUGCCCAACCCCAAAUAUAAAGUAUGCUUCGCUAGAUUCAAACUUCUAAACUUCCUAAACUCAGAUGAGUACAUUAGUUAGUUUGUGUCUAUGAGCUAGCACAGCAGUUUGCCUCUCUUUUUUGUGUGUGUGUGUGGUUUUUUUCCUUUCUAUGAUGCAUUUUGAAAAGAAUUGUACGAAGUGUCCAUGCAU